AUGAAUGGAGGACAGUUGUUCUGUACUUUGGAUUUAAGUAACGCUUAUCUCCACUUGGAAAUGGAUGCUGAGAGUGCAGAAAUUCAAACUUUGAGCACUCAUAAAGGACAAUACAUAGUUAACAGACUGAUGUUUGGUGUAAAAGUUGCUCCAGGAGUUUGGCAAAAGGUGAUGGACGGAAUCCUUCAAGACCUUCAAGACCUGCCAUUGAUCCUUGCAACUGACGCUUCACCAGUGGGACUUGGAGCAGUGAUAUCACAUCGUUUCCCAGAUGGAAGUGAAAAGCCUAUAGCUUUUGCUUCAAGAUCAUUGACCAAUGCUGAAAAACAUUACAGCCAAAUCGAUAAAGAAGCCACAGGAUUUAACUACACAAUUGAAUUCAAGAGAACUGGUGACCAUGGGAAUGCAGAUUUCCUCUCAAGAUUUCCUGUGGAAGAUUCAAAAUUUACAAGUAUUGACCAGUUUGGACAUUUUCAAACAAACCAAUUGAACACCAUAACUAUCAAUCCCAAAGAACUAGCCGAAGAAACUAAGAAGGACGCAUAUCUAAAACAAAUUCUUGAGGCUCUUGAGGAGGGUCAAUCAUUAGAGCCAUUGGGAUUUCACGAUAAUGAAGUUACAUUACAUGAAGGUUGCCUCUUCAAAGGGUGGAAAGUAAUCAUCCCAAAUUCCCUCAAGAAAAGAAUUCUCAAUGAACUACACUACGGGCACAUUGGUAUAGUAAAAACCAAAGCUUUGGCAAGAAGUUACUGCUUUUGGAGAGGAAUGGAUAAAGACAUUGAAAACAUGAUUGCUGUUUGCAAGCCUUGUCGUGAGAAACAAAAUUCUCCAACGAAAGAGAUCAACCAUCCUUGGGAACCAGCAACUCAGCCAUGGGAGAGAAUACAUAUUGAUUUCAUGGGCCCAACAAAUGGACAACAAUUUUUCAUUGUUGUUGAUGCCUUCUCCAAAUGGGUAGAGGUAAUACCCACAAAAACAGCAACUACCGAUUGGACUAUUAAGGAGUUGAAGAAACUUUUUAGUACUUUUGGUCUUCCAAGCCUCCUAAUUUCAGACAAUGGACGAAGUUUCACUUCUCUUACUUUUCAAGAGUUUCUUAAGUCAUGUGGAACUCAACACAAAACGACUGCCCCGUUCCACCCAUCAUCUAAUGGACAAGCUGAACGCUUUGUACAAACAGUGAAGAAGAUGUUGAAGUCGAUAUUAGAUGAACCAGGAACACUUGACAGUAAAAUUCACAAGGCGUUAAUUCAACUCCGUCAAGUACCAAACUCAACAGGAAACUCGGCAUACUAUCUCAUGUUCAACAGACAAGUAAGAACAUACCUCAGUGUUAUGAUACCUUCUAGAAUCGAGGACUCAAAAGACAAACCUAAAGGUAUAACACGCAUAUUUAAGGUGGGAGACCGUGUUCAAGUGAGAAACUACUACAAGGGUCAGACAAAAUGGAGUUUCGGAAAAGUUACAUCAAGAGAUGGAAAUCUACAUUACAACGUUGAACUGGAGAACGGAGUAACAUGCAGACGACAUGUAGAUCAAAUGCUGCGAUCAAGACUUUAA